UUGACUUCAUUUCACUAGAAUUUAAACUUUAUCCGAAAAAAGUACAGUGUAUAUUUGAGAAAUUAAUUGUCACAUUGAGUUGCCAGUGCCAUAUAUAAAAUUGGCAACAUGGAGUCGGUGAAGCUGUAAAGGCCAGCUGCGAGCAACAGCAUUUGAGGUGUCUGAAAAAAAGGAGAAAAUAGUAUGAACAGGAGAUAAUAGUUUACAGAGAUUCUACGCAUACUAUCAAACGGAGAUUAAAAUUACGACGGCCUGAGCCGAGAUUCGACGUUUAAGUUACCUACUAGUGUCCCUAAAGCCGAUAUAAUUAGCAAUUAUAAUGCAAUAUCUACAUUUCUCAUUAAACGGUGUAAUUUGAUGUAAACGGUACGGUAACGUAUUACGUAUGUAGGUAUAAAUUUAUUCCGUCUAAUUAUUAUUAGUAAGUAUCACAAGUACCUAGUUAGCUCAACUUCAAAUAUGUACUUAGAUACCUACUAGUGUUUUACUAUUAGUGCUAUUAGGUACACGAGAGAAAUUAAUCACUGCUGAUAAGGCUGCAAUUGGAAAAUGAAAAUAUUAUUGAUACCAUGUUUGUGUAUUUAUACAAUAUCUGCAAUAUCAAAGCAAAACUUUACUACUAAACAUCAGUUUUGCGCGUAUUUAAAUUGCAAUGAAGAAACUAGAGAGGCUACUUGUGGAAUCAGAGUGGAUACUAAAGGUGUUCAACUCAGAUUCUUUGAAAGUGUCUGUGAGUUAUUGAAAUAUGGAUGUCAGGUGGAAGAUGAGAAAACUUAUGGUUUAAUAAAUAUCGAUUACUGCAAACGCACCUUCAAAUUUACUGGCACAAGUGAUACGAAAAUGAUACUAAAUAAUUAUAUAAAAGAGUCCGAUAUAAAAAUUAAAUGCGCAAAAUAUGAUUGUUCUAAGAAUCUAUUGAACACAACUUAUGUAUGUGGUAUUAGAAAAGACAAUAAUGGUUUUAUAAUUAGACUAUUCAAUAAUGAAUGUCUACUACAGAAGCAUAAUUGUGAGAAUAACAUUGAGUUUAUAAUCACUGAUUCUUACAUUUGCGAUGGGCUUGAUGUUUCAAAUGAUACAAAUGUAGGUAAUGGUGACAAUUUAUACAAAAAUACGAAAAGAAAUUCAAUAAAUAGAAAUAUAUUUAUAGUAGAUGGUUUAUUUAAUUAUAAUAGUGAUAUAAAUGAUACAGUUGAUACUUUCUUUGCUUCGACGCACGUUUUUGAUCUUCCUGUAAAAGAGAUUCCAGUUACAGACUUAAAUAUAGAUACCAGAAGAAUUAUAUUAAACAGAUUCGGACCGCAGAAAGUAUUUAAGCCGUGGAUCACGAUACCAAAGAAUAUAAGUGAUGACCACUAUCACAGACCGACUUUAUCUUCUUGUUAUCAUAAAUGUCCGAAAAAAUGCCCAGAGACCUAUGCGCCUGUGUGCGGAGUGCCUGGUAUCGUGGCACGGGAACCAUCCCUCAUGUUUCAGAAUCACUGCUUCAUGGAUAUAGCUCAAUGCAAAAUGUUCUGGGAAGACAAAAGUGAUACGGCGAUAAGCUCUUCUUAUAUUGAAUCCUCAUUUCUUUUCUGCCUUGGUGAUGAAAUGAACGGACUGUAUCGAUUCCUGCCUCUUGUGAGGACACUGCAGCACAUGGGCCGGUUGAAGAAGAAAGGUCACUUCAGAUAUAAGCUGAGCAACUUGAGGUUCUUUAACAACCUUCUCUCUAGGCAGCCGAAACUAAUGGGAUAGAAAUGAAUUAAA